AUCUCAGUUGUUGACAGUAACCGGAAGUGAUUAUUGGGAGGAAGAAGGAAGUGUCAAGUACCAAGUAAAGUGAUGUUUUAUGAUCGUUUGUCACUGUAACAACACAUUUUUAAAGAAAGCAUCAUGGCAACAGACGAAUUGGCGAAGAAGCUUGAAAGGAGAGUAAACAUAAACGAAGGAGAUGAAGAUACUGUCAUUAAAUCUAGCCAGGUUUUCAACCCUUACACCGAAUUCAAAGAAUUUUCCCGUAAACAGAUCCAAGACUUUCAGAAAAUAUUUAAUAAAUAUGAUACAGGAAAAGAUAAGUUUAUUGAUUUCCAUGAACUAAAACUGAUGAUGGAAAAGUUAGAAGCUCCUCAGACCCAUCUGUCACUCAAAGCCAUGAUAAAAGAGAUUGAUGAAGACAACGAUGGAAAGAUAAACUUUAGAGAGUUUUUACUGAUAUUCCGUAAAGCUAAUUUAGGAGAGUUAGAUGCAGACAGUGGUUUAAUGGCUCUGUUUGACAAUAUGACUGAAAUAGAUGUUGAUGCUGAAGGAGUAAAAGGAGCCAAAAACUUUUUUGAGGCGAAGAUUGAUGUUCAAACAAGGGACAAGAAAUUUGAAAAUGAGAUAAAACAAGAACAAGAGGAAAAGAAGAAGCAAGCAGAAGAAGCAAAGGAAAGGAAGAAGGCAUUUAAAGAAAAGGCAUCAGUGUUUAAUUGAUAAAAUGUGUUAAAUGUGUUCAUGUGAAGGGGAGAUAUUUGUGCUCAGGAUGUUGUUUAAGGGGGAUAACCAUGUUUUUAUUUUAUGUAAGGGGAAACAGUUCUGCUCAGGAUGUUGUUUAAGAGAAAUAACCAUUACUGUUUAUGUGAAGGGGAGAUAAUUGUGCUCAGGAUGUUGUUUAAGGGAGAUAACCAUGUUUUCAGCCCUUAAAGGGGAGAUAAUUAUGUGCAUGUUUUGGUUUUAAGGGAUAAAACAAUGUUUACUAGUUCAGCAAACAAUUGAGAGAUCAUAUGCUAAUAAUGUUUGUUCACAUUAAGCAUAUUCAUACAUAAAAUAGCAUGAGGUCAAAAUUUCCAAAUUCGUAUCCUAUGUUGUUUGGCCAUACUGGACAUUAACUGGGCUUACCUUUUUAUUUGAAUUUUUACAUGUCCUAAACAUCAUGAUCAGUGACAUAUUUGUCUAAAAGAACAUUAGGGCUGUUCAUUUAAAUGAGGGUAUGCAAGGAAUUAUUUUUGGGGGCAUUGAUUGAGGGUCAUGUCACUUCAUGUUUGCAAUUAAGAAAAUAUGGUUGUUGGGGAUUUCCUACCCUCCAAAAUCAAUGUUAAUGAUAAAACACCUUAUGCAACUAAUAUUCAACAAUCACUGUAAAGAACAUUUGUUCACUGGUAUUUUUAUAAUGACAAAACAAAACUUUCCACUAAAAGAGUUAAAAGAACAUUUUAAAGGGGAAAUACUGCUUAAUCGGCAACUCUGAAAUACAUGGUUAUUUUCUUGAAAAAACUUAUGUGAUUUUAUAUGUUUUUAUAUAUGUGUGUUCAAAAUGUGUGCUGGCAUGAACAGAUUUUUGUAAGUGUUAAUAUGUGUACUAUUAUUGUUUUAAUAUGUUUCAUAUGUACUAAAUGCAGCUGCAUAAAUGUAGAAAUAAAACAGAAAAAUACUUUAACAUAUAAGGCUUUUACUACAAUUGAUGAAAUAUAAAUGCUAAACACAUAAACAGUUAUUAUCUAAGUAUAAAGCUUGAAGAUGUAAUGAUAUUUACCGAAACUAAUUUCAUUCAAAAGUUUUCCCAUUAUUUUAUUUUUUUAUAACAAUUGAAUUUUGAUAUUUUAAAAGAUAAAAAUGUCUGAUUUAACAGAUACGAAAUAAUCAAAGGAAACGACAAAAAAAAAAUAUGGUUAGAUAUAUUAUUUCAUAAGAAAUGUACAGGGUUGAAUGUGUAAAACAGGGUCAACCAUUUAAUAUUACCAUUGUGUAUAAACCUUGUAAAUAAACUCAUUCCUAAAACCCAUGUCUUUUCAGCUUAAUAUUAUAACCAAUGCUCAUUAAUACGAUAAAACAAUAUAGCCAUUCACAUUUAAGAAGAUUGUCAGCAUUAUAAAUAUUUUAAACAAUUAAAAUGAAAAUUACUUUGUUAAAUAAAAAAUGUAAGGGUUUUUUUGCCAAGUCAAAAAGUACUUAAAAUCAUUAAUAUUAAAUGAGAUCUUUCAAGUAGAAACAAGAGGCUGCCUUGACAAGUUAUCUUUUAAGAUACCUGUGUAGACAUUUGGUAAACAACAAGACUCAGAACAGCAAUACAAGUGCUAUCCCUUUCAUGUGUUUGUAGAUUUUUAGAAUUUUAUACAAUUUUUGUACAUUUGUACCAUACACACUCCUCAUAAAUAAGCACUAUAAAACCACUGAUUAAAUUAAUGCAACUUGCCAAAUAUCUGUUUUGAUAGAUAAAAUCAUCUUUUUUUGUCCAGUAAGCCAGUAUUCUUAACAUUUGUAUUACUAAUGCAUUUUUUAUGUUGAAAUUUUGUUGACAAGAAUAAUGAUUGAAAUAAUAAACCAUAUAAUUCAUGCAUAUCUUUGGCCAUAAGGCCCUAUAAGAUUUAUUUUCUGUUCUAUACACUUUUCCCACUCAAAAUUAAAACUAUCACAAUUUAGUUUCUGUGAAAGCUAAAUUCUUAUUUUUUUAUUUUUGAAUCCAUAUUUCAAAUUUUCAGUUUGCACAUCAUGUAUUGUGAUUUAAAAAAAGUAUUUGUUAAUACAUAUAGGUCAACAUGCCCAACUUCCAUCAUAAAAUCUUUUUUAUUCAGUGAAUUGGGAAAUCUUGAACAAAACCAUUGUUUAGCAUGUACUUUUAAAAAGUGAAAAUAUGUCAACAAUAUUUAAAUUUAUAUUUCAUGACAUGUCUGUUUUAAUGGACACAAAAAAUUAUAACUAGUCACAAUCUAUCAGCAGGCAUAGAAAUACUGCAAAUAGAAUAUUUAUCCAUAUUUUCUACAUACAUUUCCAUCAAAUGGGUUUUCAUUAUUUUAUAUAUAAAUGCAGAUAUAAAAAAAAUAUGUGAUUUUAGUAUGCAACGAAAUUAUAACCAGUGUAAAUGCUAUAACUUUGUUUUAACUGCAUAUCAUAGGCAGAUAUAAUAUUUAAACAGAACAAGGGGUUUAAACUUGGUUGAUAUAUAUGAAUACAUUACGAUAUGAUGUUUAUUAAUAAGAUAAUUACUUUCACUAAUGUUUUGUCUUAACAUGUUGUAUUUAUUUUAAUACAAGUUAGAUGGGGAAACUGCUUAUUCUAAAAAUUUCCUGUUUUUGUUUUUGUUUAUAGUAUAAAACUACUACAGCAAGGUAGACAAAUAUUCAUUGAUUUUUAGUUUAUUGUUUGUGUUGGAUAACUCCUGAUCAAGCAAAAUGUUUUAAUUAACCAAUAUACUUUUUACUCAUUGUGAGAUUGAUGGAGAGUUGUCUCAUUGGAAAUCAUACCACAUAUUAUUUCUAUAUGCUUUAAAGAUGUAAAAGUAGGUAAUGAUUUCUUUACAAAAACCCAAAUUGAAAUGCUAAAAACUCUGAAUUUCAUUUCUAAUGUUUGUCACAUGUUUGAGGAAAGCUAUAUGCAUGAUAUUGUUAUACUUAAUAAUGCUCAACUGUUGUUAACUAGUAAUUUUUCCUAGGUUUAUGUGUUUAUAGAUUCUGUACAAUCAGAAAUUAUUGUGUGCAUUUAUUAUUGCAAUUUUGUCAUUUUAGACUGUUUAAUUCAUAUAAAAAAUGACUAAAUGUGAGUUCAAAUUAUUGCGAUUAUAAGCCCGUCACAUUUUUGCAAUAACAUGAAUAAUAAAAACAUCGCAAUAAUUUCUGAAUUUACAAAAUACUGAAAUUGAUCAAAUUUCAUCUUUUCAUCAAAUUUUGUUAUCUCCAAUUUUGUUGAGUUGCUUCCCUUGGUAAAUUUUAUUUUGCCAUGAAACGGUUCAGGCAAAAAAGUAUUUUUGUUGUAGAAAGUAAACAAAUCAGCAGCUGUUGAAUCUUUGCAAAUAAAAAAAACCCUUAUUUAUCCAUAUUUUCAACCUACUUGUGAGUGUAGGAACCUGCAGCCUUUAGGGAAAUUUUUAAAAAUCUUUGUUUUGUUAAUUUCUUGACAUUUUUAUAUAAGACGCUACAUUUAUUGAUAAAAUCAAUGUACUUGUAGAGAUUUUCUGCUAUAUGUCUUUUGUCAUUUUAAUCAGAUGAUAGCACACUACAUACAGCUCAUUUUCUAGUCAUUUAGAUAUAUUAUUUUUGAAAUGGGAGACAAGGUUUUUUCAGAUGAAAAGAGGAAAAAAUAUUUAUGAGGGUGUUAAUUUUUCUUAUAUAAUUAGUGAUCUGCAUUUUUUUUUAAAGAUCUGAUGUGUUAUUUGUUAUUGUUUGUUAUAAAUUUUAAGUGGUGCUUAUUCAGAUCUUGAGUAUUUGUAACUUUAUUUUGAAGAACCCCUGAUGUCAAUAGUUUAUCAUAUGUUGCCAAAACUGUUUCCCUGUCGAAGUUUAUUAAAAAUUAAUGGAAGAUCUGUUUUAAUUGGUGCUUCUUUGUUUAUGUGUUCUGUUAUAGCUUUUCAUUCUUUAAGUUUAAAAUAUUUUUUAUUUUUAGUUGAAAAAUUAUACAAAUGCUAUGAAACUGCAAUAAACUAUAAGAAUAUAUUAAUUUUGAUCAUGAAGUUAUGAAUUUAUUAAAUAUAUGUAACCGGAAGCUGCAAUGGUUUACAGAAGUUGAACUAGUUUUUAAUGACUCCUAACUUUUUUCAGUAUCAUUGUUUUCAGUAGUAAUAUGUUCAUAGGGGCAUGUAUGAUUCUUGAAGAAAAGAAUUUUCAAGAGCAUUAUAAACUCGAAACUUUUCAAAUUUAACCAUUAUUUAACUUUCAUCAGUUUUUCUGCCACUCAACAUUGAUCUGAAAGUGUUUAUACCUUCUCCACAUGUGUAUGCUUGCUAGGUAUAUAUAGGUCUCAUGAUUUGAUUGUUAAUAUUGUUAUGUUAUGUAUUCCUAAUUUUAUAUACCGGAUUUGUAUGCUAUGUUUACUCAUAAAUUAUCUCUGCAACCUA